CCACACCACCCACCCGCGUUUCUGUUAUGUUUUCUUCUGCAUCUAUGAUUGAAAAUUGUGUUUCAGAUUCUUCAAAGAAUGCUUUAAAUAUGGCACAAACUGUGUCUUAUCGUGUAUUUUGCUCCAAAACUCUGUUCUGCUCUGAAGCGUCGUUGAUGCUUUGACAGGGAUUAUUUCAAUAUACUUGGCUGUUAAUCAUAUAAUAAUGAGUGAUUCUGUGUUCGAACCUUUGGCUGAGGUGUUUCUCGGUUUCGAUGGACACGCCGAGCAUGAUGAUGUUUUUCUCCUAUGCAGUAGAGUUAUUAUCAGAGGACAGUCCUUUAAGGAAAGUGCAUCCAAUACUAAUCAAAAUGGGCCAUGCAAUGAUGAUGCCCUGCAAGACGCUAUUCAAAGUGAAAUAACUGAGUCUAUUGGUGGUCUUUAUGAAAUUGAAGAGCCUGUGAAAGUAGAAAAUUCAAAGAAGAAGCAGAAACCUGAAGAACCUGUCAGCUGCUACUGCAGUGCAUCUCAUACUGACAACAACUACUCUACUGACGAGCAUGAAAGCAUGCGAGGGGGUGUGCCUGCUGUCUUACAUGGUAGUGAUAGUGGCGCAGAUCUCUCUGAAUCUGGAGGACAUUCAUUAGUUGGCAGGGAUGUAGAUUGGGAGCGUUAUUGGACUGUUAAUGGGGAACGACUUAUAUGGGAGAGCUGGAUUUCAAAGUAUGGAAGCUACAUUAAUCCAGACUACCUUGUUAACUUGGAUGGACAACAGCCCGCCAUUGUGUCUGAAGAUUCCAAUGCCAAUGAGGGGUGUGGACCGGAAGAUCAAAUCAAUGAUCAGUCUUCUUUGCACUCAUUCCAAGGUUUGUUCCCAUCCUCGAAGAAAGUUGAAAAUGAACCAAGUUACAGCUUGCAGUCAAGCACAUUCCAGCCCACAGAUCCAUUUCUUCUUCCACGCCGACAUCAUUCCUUUGGGCAAGACACUCCGCGUCCAAAAUGUAAUUCUCAAAAUACAGUUAAGAGUGAAGGUCAUCAAGGUCCUCAAGAUGAUGAUGUUCUAAACCAUGCAAAUGUUGAUAUGCAUUCAAAUUCUGAGUGUGACCAAACUCAGAAGAGUCCUUUAGAUUUGGUGAUUGUUUCAGAAACAAUUAAUUUAGGAGGUGGCUGGUGCCCCCUCUCUCCUGAUGAAACAGAAAUGACUAACUCAAACAACAGUAAGACCAGUGAGGAUGAAUUACUUUUACUGAGUGGACACAACUCUGUUGGUGCAGACUCUUUUAAUGGCAGCCUUGCCAAAUCAACAGUUACAACGGAUUCCAUGACAAAUGUAACAAGGAUAACUAUGUCAUCAUUUGACUUCAGUUGUGAUAUGGAUGAAUCAGCCAGAAGCACUUCUGUGACUUCAUCAGAAAAUGUAUCUAGUCAAAGUUCCUACAACAGCUCAGAGUGUGAUGCUGAUCUGUAUUGGCAGCAGCUCUGGAAGCAACAUUUCAAUGAGCAAUAUUAUGCACAUUAUAAUGCCUUUGUCGCAUCUCACAAAGAAGACAAUGUUAAUGAUGAUAAGUCUCUUAUCGUAAAAAAUUCUGUAACCGACAUAUUUCAACCGUCUUUACCAUCAAACAUGCUUCCUCAAUCAAUUGAAGAAGAUGAUAGUAGUCAUGAUGAGAGCAAUGGAGAUCUUGAUCAUAGCUCAUGUAAACCUGAUUAUUCUGAAUAUUUAACCAGUGCAGAUGAUGAGAAUGCAAAGGAUGGAACGGAUUUUAAUAAGGGUUCUACUUCAAAGAUUUCGGGAAGCACAACAAAACAGAGAAGGAAGAGAACUUCAAGGGUUAAAUCAAAACAACUGAAUAGAAGUAGCAGGAUUAUUAAUUCUGUUGGCCUUCUCUUGCAAAGUCUGAAAGUCUCAGAGCCGAUGCCGAUGCAACCUACAGAUCAAACCAUGGACUCAGAUGUCGCAAAUCAGUUUCAUGAACCUGUUAUGGCUCCUGCUGGUGAUGAAAGUAACAGACAGACAAACACCAAUGCUUCAUCCUCUACUGAUAACCAGGUGUCUGGGGCUCAGGUCAAUAAUACAUCAGAAUUGUCUGCUUUCCUUGGUAAGAAAGCUUUAGGUGCUGGUGGUGAUGGAGACCAACCUGAUGAGCAUCGUACCAUUAAUUUAAAAAGGAGCCAUGAGAGGGACCCUGAUGAAUCAGGUCUAGAUAGAGCACGCGCGGCCUUUAACCUGAUGGGUUAUGUUUUCUCUGUGAAACGGAGGGCAUCAGAAGACAGUGGCUCUCACAAACCGUUCAUAAAGUCAGCUUACGUGAACUACAUGAAGAGAAAUAUUCGUAAUCAAAACCGCCAGCUUCAUAUCCACUUGACUCCUAAACCUUUAAAUAACACACACAUAUAUUUUGAUGAUGACGGCAAUCAAAUAUUAAACUCAAAGAGUUCAGGGGAGAGGAAAGAAUCUCUCGCCAACACUGAAGAUGGGAGUGUUAUAAUUAGUGGAUAUCAUUCAAGCUCUGAUGAGGAAGUAACCAUGAAGCAAAUAUUGCCCAGAUCAAAACGACUUAGCUGUUCUGAAGUUAAGAGAGUUUCAAGUUGUUGUUGCAAAGAUGGUUCCUCUGUUGUUGAUACUGAAUUAUCUACAAAUAUCUCUCAUGUGCCAGAAGAUCAAAAUUCUCAGAAAGAGAAUGUCAAGGAUUCUCAGGGGGGACUUGAAAAUAUAGCUGCAGUGAAAGAUGCUUCUCUAGAGCUUAUUGAACAGCCAAUGGCCCUUUCAACUCAAGAUGAAGUUGACAGCUCUGACUAUUGUGCUGAUGACUUGAUGCCAGAAUUGCCACCUCAAGAUAAAUUGUUCGAGGAUAAUAGAGCUCUAUCAUCAGCUGAGGCAGGUGCAAUUGUGUCAGAACAGAAUGUACAGGAGACACCUUUAGAUAUGGCUGGCACUCUAAAUAUGGAAGGAGUGGAAGAUGCUUGUAAAUCAUCAAAGUCCAAAAAAAAGAAAAAGAAGCAAAAACGUACUUUAAUGAAAGCAAAUCUUCCAAAUGAAAUUAAAAAUAACCCUCAGCUCAUUAAGUACUGGUACCGUCGCUUUCAGCUGUUUCACAAAUUUGAUGAGGGUAUCCAACUGGAUGCUGAGAGCUGGUUUUCUGUCACUCCAGAAGAAUUGGCUAAACAUACUGCGGAAAGAUUGCGCUGUGAUCUCAUAAUUGAUGCAUUUUGUGGAGCUGGAGGAAAUGCCAUUCAGUUUGCAUUUACCUGUGAAAGAGUUAUUGCCAUUGAUAUAGACCCCAUAAAGUUGGAAAUGGCACGUCACAAUGCUGAAGUGUAUGGAGUGGCAGACAGGAUUGAGUUCAUAUGUGGGGAUUUUGUGAAGCUUAGCCCAACACUCCUAGCUGAUGUGGUAUUUCUAAGCCCACCGUGGGGAGGCCCAGAAUAUUUGAGUGCUGGAGUUUUUGAUUUAGAAACUUGCAUGGCUCCUUUAGGAGGAUCCAAAUUAUAUAAAAUGGCAAGGAACAUAACUGAAAAUGUUGCUCUGUAUUUACCGAGAAAUAUAAAUACUGAUCAGCUUGCUAUUUUGGCUGGACCAGGUGGACAUGUUGAAAUAGAGCAAAACUUUCUGGACAAGAAACUUGUAGCUGUCACUGCCUACUUUGGAGAGGUGAUAUAUGAACCAGAAUGAAGUUGUAGAUCAACCAGUCUUUAAAUUACCAUAUAUAUGAUCUGUUUUUGUUGUGUUGUGGAACAUGGGCACACAUUUCUCUCCCAGCUUAUUGGCUCUUCAUGGUUCUAAUUCCAUUGUAAUAAUAGUAAUUUUGAUUCCCGAGUAUUGCUUUUUAGAGAUGUAAUAGCUUGUGAAAAAAAAUAAAAAAUAGUGUAUUGGGUCAUUUAGGAGGAAAUGCAAGCCUUUGUACUGAUCGUUGAACUGAAUUGCUUGCUUACUUGAAAAUUUGUUUUUUAGAACUUUGUACCGCUUUUGUCUCAUCACAUAACAGGAAUUGCCAUGAUGAUUUCAGAAAUAGAUCUGUAGUCUACGUACAAUUUUUGCUCUAGUUUGCUAGAGACGUUUUUAUAUAUCUUUUAUUUUAUAUCUGCUCAAAAAAUGGCUGAAUUUUCCUCUGAAACAUUGCAGUCUACUGUAAUUUGACUGUGUGGUUAUAUUUCAUCAUUUUCAUGGGAAUCAGUUCAAACAUUCCUUCAUUCUUUGUGAAAUUGCCUAUUUAGCAUCUCUUCACUCAAUUUUAAAUUCUGUCUCCUACCCCAUUUGUGAAUAAGGCACUUUUUCAUUUGUAAUCUCAAUUAUUGCACUGGAAGUUAAUGCUAUUAUUCCAUGGGAAAACUUAAAUUUCUUUCUGAUUUCUUUUUAUUGGAUCAAUACGUACAACUUCAAAUAUGGGCAUUUAUCUUAAUUAUAAGACUUGUAUGAAGCUCUAUUAAAAUAUCAAUAUUGAAAACCAAGAUUAUACGGAAUACAUGCAUGAUCGUAAGAUUUUAUUUCUAUUUGACUGUCAGUUCUUUUGUUUUUGUGAUUGUUACAUUGCAAGGAUUAUUUUUGGCAACUUACUUGGUGUUGUUUCCAGGCUGACCAAAAAAAUCAUGCUUAGAGUUUUGUAUACUGUGAUUUUGAUUUGUGAUAUACCUAUUGACAAAACAAUCAAAACCUCUUUCAGAAUGUCUUAAAAAUAGUUCUUUUUCAUGCCGGGCGUGGGCAAACUACCGCUAUGUACACAUUGCACAUUGUUGCUUUCAGUUGCGGUCUGGAUUUUAAUUUUUUAAAUUUGUUUUGCUAGUGUUGAGCUAGUUCUAUUAUAUUAUUAAUUAAAUAUAAAUACACUGCCACUCCUCAAUGUUUCCUUACAAGAAAGUGGUCAUUGAGUUGUUUUCUUCCUUCUACUGCCAUCGAACAUCUUGUGUUCAAGUCUCGAGGAAAAAAAUUUUCAAGGGUAGCAGCUGGAACACUUUCUUUGGUACGGUCUUUAAUGAUCAGGAGCUGAUGCAUUGGUGUCAGUUAUUGUGUCAAGUUUUAUUUUUUACAGAGAAGUGAUAAUUCAAAUGUACUGCAGCAGCUGUUUAUGUUGUAGCUUCUGCUGCAACCACUUCCUUACUUCACUGACUUGUCUCACGUAUGUUGGUCUUAAAUUUAAAGGCAAAAAAUUAACUUAAAUAUGAGUUUAACUUUUUAUUACAGUUAUAAUAGUUCUUUCACUUAAACAGUGUGUUAAGUAGUAUCAGUGAUAUAAGAUGUACUGACUAAUGUAUGGCAAUAAAAUCAAGUAACAACCAA